AUUUAGGACUCCACAGCUGUCGCGGGGACCGUGAACCUUCCCCGCCUUCCUCUUCUCUCCAACAUGGCGGAUGUAAAAACAGCGCCCGAGGACAAGGUCAGGAAGAAGGCGAGUAAGAAGGUGAAGAAGGACCCGAAAGAUGCAUCUAAAAAUAUAAUGCGUGAAGUAAAGAUACGAAAAUUGUGUCUGAACAUCUGCGUGGGCGAAUCGGGUGAUCGACUGACGCGUGCUGCCAAGGUCUUGGAGCAACUGACCGGUCAGCAACCAGUAUUCUCCAAAGCUCGGUAUACGGUGCGUUCGUUCGGUAUUCGUCGUAAUGAAAAAAUAGCUGUUCAUUGUACUGUACGUGGCGCAAAAGCUGAAGAGAUUUUAGAACGGGGCCUGAAGGUGCGCGAAUAUGAAUUGAGGAAAGAUAACUUCUCUUGUACUGGAAACUUUGGUUUCGGUAUUCAGGAGCACAUUGACCUGGGAAUUAAGUACGAUCCUAGUAUCGGUAUCUAUGGUUUGGACUUCUACGUUGUACUUGGACGUCCAGGUUUUAACGUAGCACAUAGAAGAAGAAAGACCGGUAAGGUUGGUUUUCAACAUCGUCUUACCAAAGAAGAUGCCAUGAAAUGGUUCCAGCAAAAAUAUGAUGGUAUCAUUAUAGCUGGAAAAAAAUAAUACAUAUUGUAAUGCUUUUUCCAUAAAGAAUUUUAACAAGAA